AUGGUCGUUCAGUUCGCAGUGUACUUGUGUCCUCCGAUCCCAACCGCUUUGGUCUCCCCCGACCCAUCGUCCAAAGACUCGGGCUAUUGGUCACCGCUCUGCUGCACACUGAUAUAUACACCCACCGAAGCCAUUCUCGUAGACUGCCCUCCGAGCGUCGAUGCGACAAAUGAGUUGGCGACGUGGGUUCAGUCUACGCUGCCACCCGGCUGUGUCCUGAAGCACUUCGUUGCAUCACAUGCACACGGAGACCACUUUUUCGGGUUUCCUGUCUUGAAGACUGCGUUUCCCAGUGUCACAGCCGCCGGAACCAAAAGUGUUGUUGAGGGCAUUGAGCAGCAAUACUCUCCUCAAACUUACAAGGAAGUAUGGGAGUCAACUUUCCCUCCGAGCGAAGCAGGCACUGGCAUGCCUGAGGCGAAUGCCGAGUUCGUGUCCCUGCCGCCGGCCAAUGAGAUCGACCUCGACGGCCAUCUAGUCAAAUUCUAUGACGUGCCGCACGGGGACAUGCAUGCCAACUCCUUCCUCUAUGUGCCGGAUCUUGGGCUCGUUAUCGCGAGUGACAUUGUCUACAACGGUGACUGUCACCAGUGGCUCGUCGAGGCGAACACCCAAGAGAAGCGGGACGGGUGGAUAGAGGCUUUGACGCAAAUCGAGACGCUGAAGCCGAGGAUCGUCGUACCCGGGCAUACGUUCAAGCCCAUGUCGGAACCUGAUGAGGCGGUUGCGAUGUCUAUGCUGAAUGGUACGAAGCAGUACAUCAAGGCUUUCGAGGAGGAGUUGGAGAAGGCGGAAAGUGAAGAGGAAUUGUUCAAUGCCAUGAGGGGUCGUUUUUCGAGAUGGAACUUGUGGAUUUUAAGUGCGGGAUGCCGCGCUGGGAUCGCAUCCAAGCAGCGGUCUACAAGUAGUGCAGGGCGCGGGUAG